UGUAAACAUGGCGAGCGGGGCGGACGUCACCCAAAAAAUUUCUGAGGCGGAGGGCGAAUUAGAGGGACUUUCUCUCUCCAAGGAAGAGCCGAAGGAUGACCAAAUCAACGAGAAUGACCGCAAGGUGGAAGGCCUUCAGAAUGGGGUGGAAGUGCACUGGGGAUUCGGCUUGCAAGACUUGUACCGGAUCGCUCUCAAAUUUUAUAAAGACAAAGAAGGAAAAGCUGUACAUCUUGGGUAUGCUGAGAAGUGUUCCUUAGUUGCUCUGACGCAGCAGGUGACACAUGGCCCACAUGAUCCCGUUUCAUCGCCACCAGUUGGUGUGCUGGAUGUUGUUGGAAAAGAUAGAAGGCUAGCAUGGCAGACACUGGGGUCAAUGAGCCGAGAGGUUGCCAUGGAGCAGUUUGUAAACAAGCUGACUGAUCUUGUUCCAACCUUCCGUCCCUACGUUGAAGCACUCUGGGCAGACAAAUUGGAGAAGGAGAGAUUAGCGAGAGAAGAAGAAGAAAGAAGGAAGGAGGAGGAAGAGAAGAGAAAGCUUGAGGAAGAAGAGAGGAGAAAGGAGGAAGAGGAGAGGAAAAAGCAGGAAGAAACUAAGCGACAGAUCCAAGAAGCUCUGAACCAACAGACCUAUGAGCAGUUCCGCUCAUAUGCUGAGCAGCAGUUUCCUGGCAACCCAGAACAGCAAGCAGUGUUGAUAAGACAGCUUCAGGAUCAGCACUAUCAGCAGUAUAUGCAACAAGUUUAUCAACAACAGCUCCUCCUUCAACAGCAACAACAAGAACAGCCACAAACAGAAGAUGGAAAUUAUCAAGUUGGUGGUGAGAGUCAGACAGAGGGCGGUGAGGAAAGUCCAGCACCUGAAGAAAAUGGACAUGACUCUGAUGGUGGUGAAGAAGAUUCCGAAGAUGAAGAAACCUCCCAGAAUGUCUCACCAGCCUCUAUGUGGACAAGACGAGAUAUUCAGGAUUUUAAAGAAUCCAUUCGACGAGAGGGCGGAGAUUCUGUUAUUAAGGUUGGGCAUGGAGAGACUGUAACGGUCCGAGUUCCUACCCAUGAAGAUGGAACAUGCUUGUUUUGGGAGUUUGCCACUGAUAACUAUGAUAUUGGCUUUGGCGUCUACUUUGAGUGGACAAAAGAUACAAGUAAUGUCGUGUCUGUUCACAUCUCAGAGAGUGAAGAGGAAGAGGAAGAGGAAGAAGCCGAAGGUGAGGGUGAUGAUGUUGAGAGGUUAGCUGGCCGCAAGCACGAGAAUGGCCGACCAGCCCAAUCAGUAAUAAUCCCUGUGUACCGACGAGACUGCCAUGAGGAGGUGUAUGCUGGAUCUCAUGCCUAUCCUGGCACUGGUGUUUAUUUACUCAAGUUUGAUAAUUCCUACUCCCUGUGGCGGAGUAAAACCUUGUAUUACCGUGUUUAUUACACAAGAUGAAAAAGGAAUCGGGCAUCCACAGACCUGGUCCUUGUUUCCUCGCUUGUAAUUCCUAUAAGGGGGCUAGGGUCAGGCUUAUUAUAUAUGGUUGGAAGAUGUUACUGUAAAUUUUAUUUAUCCGAAGAUUAUGUAUAUUGAGCAACUGAUAUUUUUUAGAAAAAUUGUAGGCAAUGACCUCAAAAGAAAAAGAAAACAUAAAUUUAGGGGAAAAUUAUAGAUAUUUCUGCAGCAAAUUUUAAAUACAAUAGUUUCAAUGGUUUGACAGAUAAUGUGUGCAUAUUCAAUUACUUAAGCUAAUGUAAGAUGCUAUAUUGAUAUACAGAGAAAGGUUAUUGAAUCGUGUCUGGAUAUUGUAUAUGUAAGUCAUCAGAUAAGCUCUGAUCCAUUCCUGAAGGUAAGAAGUAUUUAGCUCGAGAAAUUAUUCUUUGAAACUGUAAAAGAUAGUUUUUCUUAUAUGGAUAAAAUUAUUUAUUUGUCAGGAUGAUUAUCUGUGUAGAGUAUAUGAAUAUAAAUUAUAUCAAAUUAACCAUAAUUUUCUUGACCAAGUAUCAAGUAUUUGUGUCUUAUUGCAACAUAAUUUUCCGCUUUUCCUCAUGCUCUUUGCUUCUCCUUUUUCCCACUUCAUCCUUGCUUUUCCUUCUUUUCCUUCCUUUUUGUAUUUCACUACUCGCCUCUCUUGUCUCUUGUAUCUCGUCUCUUGUCUCUCAUUUCUCUUCUUUCUAUUCUCCUCGCUCCCUUCACAUGGACAUGCAUACAAACACAAACAUGGACAUAAACACAAAAACACAUAUACAUAAACACGUUUGAAUGCAUGCAGUUAUGCACAUACGUUUUAUUGUAAAUAUAAAAAAAAAAAGAAAAAAUGGUAAAUCCUUAUUGCUUUGUUGUAGAUUCUAAUUCAUCAUAUUUUAUUUGUAGUUUUGAGUAUUAUGUUUUUAAUAUUGUUGCAGAAGUUCUGAUAAUUUGACUAGUUGGGUAUUUAAGGAUACAGUAAAAUAGAAUAAUUAUUUUUUUUAAUUUGGCAUUUUUUACAUUCUGUGUCUGUUGAUACUGUGUUAGAUGGCUAUUUCUGGAAACUCGUGUCCAUUCCUCCUUUUUUACAAAAUUACAGGGAUUUGGCAGCUUGAACGCACAAAUGAUAAUGGUAAUAAUAGAGCAGAAAGAAAAGGAAAUUUACACAAAUGUAUUUUGUUAUUAUUAUUACCUUUAGUUAUGACUAUUCACAGAUUAAACAUUUUCAAAAGUAAAAAUAUAAAUCAGAUAUGUAAGAAGCAGGCUUCUUGUACAGUUUAUGGAGUAUGUUUUUUUUUUUUUUUUGAAAGUGAAGUAAUGGCACAUUUGUGGCAGACAGGGCACACCAUUCAUUGAUAUUUUUUAUGUUUGUGAUAGUGGAAUGAGAGGAAUUAAAGUUGCGAUAUGUUUGUUUGGGGCCUAGAUUUUUCUAUUCGCUUUUCCAUUCGCUGUUAUUAAAACACUGUAUUUCAUUUGUGAAUAGUGUUUGUUCCUUUGUUAACCUUGAGUUAAGAAAUUAGCUCAAAAUUAUUAUUAUGCAUAAGUUAUCUAUCAGUCUAUCAAGUACAGUCAUCAAACUCAAUGUUUUAUUAAAUGUAAUGAAGAUAUGCAAGGAAUAACCCCUUGUAUCAGUCUUAAAUGUUCCACCAAUCUGGUUUUUUUUUAGAAUUGCAAACCUUUAUAUUUGCUCACAUAUUAAUUUCAUUAACUUGCAUACUCACAAGCCUCGUACUAAAUUUAGUGCAAUAAACUAGGAUAUAAACUCAAUAAAGUUUGUACAAAGAUGAAAGUAACAAUAAAUUGUAACAUUUUAAAUUGAACUUGACGCCACAUGAGGUGAUCAAACCAACGCUGAUCAUCCAAUUUGGGUUUGGGAUCCUGUUGAGGAGUCUAUUGGAACUCAAGGCUUCAUACAUUUUGCUUUUUUUAUUGUCGCAGUCUUUCAUUUGAACACGAUAGGUUUCCUAAGUAUUUAUUUAUUUGAAUAUCAUAUUGACUCAAAUAGAAAAUUAAGAAAAAAUGCAUUUGAUGGAUUAUACAGGGAAUGGCCUGAAAAAAAAGAAGAAUCCUCAGCUGCACUUUGUUGUUUAUUUGCACUUCAGGUUCCAGAGAGAUCAAUGACCUAAAACACUAAAAGAACAAAAAUCAACUUUUUUCCCACUGUUCCCUGUAGAUUGCACAAAUGAAAGGCAAGUGCUUCCAAGAAAGAGUGUCAUUACAGUAUUAACAAAAUGCUCCCUGUAAUUUGUGAAUUCCUAGAAGUGCCAGAUAACUGUAUCCAGUUUUGAUUUGUGUUGAGUGCAGAUGUUGCAAGUAGAUGAAAAUACAGGAAGAAUCUGUAAGUAGAAAUUGUUUGUUGUAUUGCUUUUAUAUUGAGUUAAAAGACAUCUUUAUGGAGGAUAUACUAAAGUGAUAUGAAAUACACAAAAAAGAUAGUAAUACUAAAUUUCAUAUUUUAAUUAUUUGAAUCAUUGUGGAUCUUAUUUUAUAAUUUUGUCUGAAAAUGCUUCAUAUCACUAUAUCCUUGGUGCUCAUGGUUGGUAUGCACAGUGUGGCAGCAUUGUUAGGGAAAAUACCCAUACUAAGUCAAAAAUACAAUAAGGUCAGUAAACAGAGUGCAACAGCUUUAGCAGUGUUUUAACUGGGUGUGAUUAUGGAUGGCAUUAUUGCUUUAGGUUUUGUGUUAUGUUGUGUAAAAUCUCACAUUGCGAAUGAUUCUCAAAAGUAAUAUUUUUGAUCUGAUGCAUUUUGUUGUAUAAAAAAUUAUGCAUUUACACCAAUGUUUGCAGCCUGCACAUCCUCUUUGAUUUAGUUUGAGUGUGUGUUGAUAUUUGUACAAGAUAUUAGUUGGUAUGCUACAUUACUCAUGUCAAGAGUUCAUCAUGAAGACUCAUUGAUCUGAUGAGGAAGAAUAAACUGCAUUUGUUCUUGUGACUUGCUAAACAUUGUUUUAUUUCAGUUCAUCUCUUCUGUGUGUGUAAUAGCUUUUGUGGCUUGAUAAUUUUGUGUGUAAACUUUCACUAGCAGAGAAAUGUAAUAAGCUAUUUUUUUUAAAAAGAAAUAGCAAAAGAGCAUUCCGUGUCUUUGGCCUAUAUUCUUCAUCAGUUAAUUGAUAGUUUAAAGUGUACAGUAUAUCACUGACUUUACAUUAUGUGUCAAGGCAAUGGACAGACCACAUUUUGGUGUAGACGAUGGAUGAUGUAGAUGGAGAGCUUUAUAUUCAUACUGAAUAAAUAUUCGGACUUGUAA